AUGGCGACUUCUUCGUCUUCUCCCUCCCACCAAGAUAACCCACAAAAGGUCCAAUUCCCGUUGGACUCCGCGGCGUACGAAAGCCUCCAAGAAAUCGGCUCUGGCGACAAGGUCGUCGUCUACAAGGCCAUCUGUGUCCCCAUGAACUCUGCAAUUGUCGCAAUCAAGUCCGUCGAGCUCAAUCAAUCCACGGCUGAUUUCGAGAGUAAGCUACGCGACACCAAGAGUCUGUCUCUUUCCCACCCCAACAUUCUCGGCGAUCAUUGCUCCUUCACCACUGCCGAGCGCCGUCUUUGGGUGGUCAUGCCGUUCAUGACCUUCGGCUCUCUGCAAUCCGUAAUAAUCGCCCCCUCUGCUUUCCCGGGAGGAUUACCAGAGCCCUGCAUUGCAGUCGUCCUGAAAGAGACGCUAAACACCAUGUCGUAUCUCCAUAGCCACGGACGCUUCCACGGCGACAUCAAGCCUGGAAACAUCUUGGUUGACUCUGAUGGGUCAGUCAAGCUCGCAGAUUUCGGGGUCUCUGCUUCUUUCUACGACGCUGAUUUUUCAACUGGGGCAAACGAUACUUCUACAAGGCCGUAUUGGGUGGCGCCGGGCGGAGGUGGAUGCAAGGCGGAUAUCUGGGCAUUUGGGAUCACGGCGCUGGAAUUGGCUCUGGGCGGCCCUCCCCUGUCUGGCUUGCCGCUAUUACUAGGGACCCAAAUUCUGAAGGUCAAGAACAGGUUUCGGCUUGCGGAUUACGAAAACAUCAUCAAAGAUUUCCGGAACCAGAAGUACUCUGCGGCUUUCAAGGACUUGGUGGGUUCUUGCCUUGAUCGGGAUCCGGAGAAGCGGCCGGCGGCAGAGGCGCUGCUGAAGCACUCGUUUUUCGACAACUGCGGGGGCAAGGAUUAUCUGGUGGGGACUGUGCUUCCGCAUUUGGAGAGCGUCGAGGAGAGAUACAAGAAAAGAAACAGGGGUUUGGGUGACUUGUUGGGCAAGGUAAACUAUGGAGAACUAAAGGGUGAGGAUAUGGGGUUUAGCGGAUGGAAUUUCAAUGUGGACGACUUUGUUUUCAAUCCCGUUUUUUUGGCUGGGCCGUCUUCUACUUCCAGCUCUGAGUCUUAUGGCGGCGGCAAAUUCCGGCUGUCAGAAUUUGUAAGGAGGUUGGCAAAGCAAUUACAGAUUGUGAAGAUGACUAUUGGUCAGUUGAAGGAAGUAGUUGGGGUGAGGAUACCGAGUAAUGUAGAUAUUUGGAUGCUGAUGAAUGCGCUGGACAAAGAGAAGGAAGAUGUUAUGCAGUUGCAGAUUAAUUUGAGGGAGUUUGUUUUGAACCCGAUUUAUCCGGCUGGGUUGUCUUCUCCUCCUAGCCUUCCGGCUGAGUCUUCUGACGGCGGCAAAGCUGGGCUGGUGGUAUUGCUGGUGGAAUUGCUGGUGCACUUGGUGGGACUUGCAAGAAAUUUGGAAAAGCAGAUGGAGAAUGUGAUGACAAUUAUUCGUCGGUUGAGAAGAGCAGGGGAGGUUAAGAAGCUGAAGAAUGAGUUGGUGUCUGAGUACCAAACUUGUGUGCUGUUUCAGGUAGCGUUGGAGCUGAUCAAGCUAAAGUUGGACCCUAAUGGAAGAGAUUAUUAAGAUUUCUCCAGGAAAUUGCAUUUGCAGAGAGUUUGCUUUUUGAAAAAAUUGGUCGACUUUUUGGAUGCUUUUUUCAUGGCUUAGGAGAGAGAAAUGAGUUUUAGAGCAUUCAUUUUCAUGUAUGAGAUGUGCUAUAAAGUGUUUAGAUUCUGAUUACAUCAUUUGGAAUUUGUCAUUUGUAAAGAAGCAAACAAUUAAUGAUCAUUCGAUGUUGGAUUCGUAGUUACUAUAAUUUUCUUCCCAUAUCUCUUUUGCUAACAUCGAGAAAGAGAGAAAGAGAGAGAGCUGAUACAAAUUUUUUCAGCUUUGGAGGGGGUGGGUGGGUGUAGCUCAACUCUAGACUAAGAUCACUUAAACUUCAGUCAUAUAUAGUUCUCCUUCUAAAUACGUUGAUAAAAAAAAAAAAAAAAAAAAAGGUCUCCAUGUAAAAUCCCUCUCCCAAAUUUCUAUGUAAUCCGACAAAUUCCCUAAAAGUUUAUAGAAUCUUGCAACUUGGUCCCCUAUCCUAAUAUAAUCCAGACCCUCCAUCUUGAUUUCCUUCCUCCCCCGCAUUGCCACGUGGCGGUCUCUUAACUCACUUAUCUCUCUCUCUCUCUCUCGGGUCUCUCACUCUUUCAGCUCACUCUUCUCUCUCACUCCUUCACUCUCUAUCUUUCUCUAGGACUUCCC